CAGGAAUGCCAUUAAGCGUUUCGGUGUCGGUUCGGGCGGAACACGCAACAUCUCCGGCAACUCCCUCCUCCACGAGGCUCUCGAGCACGAGCUCGCCGACCUGCAUGGCAAAGAGGCGGCUCUGGUCUUCUCCAGUUGUUACGUCGCCAAUGAGGCCACACUCUACACCCUCGGCACCACAAUUCCCGAUUUGCAGAUUCUCUCAGACGCGGGCAAUCACGCCUCGAUGAUACACGGUAUACGUACCAGUCGGGCCGCAAAACACAUCUACCGGCACAACGAUCCGAAUCACUUGAGGGAACUGUUGCGAAAGAUGCCCGCGGAAGUGCCAAAAUUGGUGGCCUUCGAGACGGUGCAUUCAAUGACAGGUGGAAUUUGUCCGAUUACCGAGCUGCUAGAAGUGACUCAGCACUACAACGCGCUUUCCUUCGUUGACGAGGUACAUGCUGUCGGUUUGUACGGCAAUCAUGGCGCCGGGGUAGCCGAGGAGGUCGGUUGCAUGAAUCAAAUCAGCGCCAUCACCGGCACGCUGGGCAAGGUAGGCUGGCUCGUCAUCUACCUGCCUCUCCUCCCCCCGUUCCACUUUCAUCUCCUCCUCUCUCUCUCUCUCGUUCAGUGA